AUGCUUAAUACGUUUUCCGUGCUUUCGCCACACCUUAAGUUUAAGUACAAGUUCGUUACGAUCGACAAUUUGGCGUUUAAGUUCCAUUAUCGGGCCACUUUUAUUAUGCUGCUAGUGUGUACCCUGCUAGUGACAUCCAGACAGUACAUUGGAGAGCACAUCCGGUGUAUUACGGGUGGCUCUAUACCGGAGCAUGUCAUCAACACGUUCUGCUUCUUCACCACCACGUUCACCGUCAUACGACACUACAACGAAUCGAUGCUGCAGGAUGGAGUGCUGCCACAUCCGGGCGUCGGACCGAUGUACACCGAAGAUCCGGUGAAGCACCAUGCCUACUACCAGUGGGUUCCGUUCAUUCUAUUCCUGCAGGCACUAACGUUCUAUGCCCCACAUAUGCUGUGGCGUAUGAACGAAGGUGGUCGGUUGAAGAAUCUCGUCGAUGGCUUACACAUGGCGCACCUCAGCGAGCACUAUACGGCCAAAGCGAACAUUACGAUUGGUCCGAAGUAUACGCUUCUGUCGCGGGACACCGUCGAUGCGAAACUGCAAACGGUCAAGCGCGAGUUUUCUAACCACUUUAUGGUCCAGCGGCACUGGGCCUCACGCCACAUCUUCUGCGAGGUGCUGAAUCUCCUCAACUGCAUACUGCAGAUCGUGUUUACCAACAUCUUUCUCGGCCGCCAAUUCUGGAACCUUGGCCCGGCCUUCAUACAGGAAGAUUUUAAAGGCACGAUGGAUGUGCUCGAUACCGUCUUCCCGAAGGUGACCAAGUGCCACUUCUACAAGUACGGUCCGACUGGAUCGAUCCAGAAACACGACGCCCUGUGCAUAAUGGCGCUGAACGUAAUUAAUGAGAAGAUUUUCACCUUCCUGUGGUUUUGGUACGUGGUGCUGUUCUGCGUUUCCGUGCUGGCCAUUCUAUGGCGCAUACUAACAUUAACCCUGCACAACAGAUCGUUCAAGUUCACGGCACUGAUCCUGUCGUUCGCCAGUCCAGGACGGUUAAAUCCGCAGGAUGUGGAGAUUAUUACCAAAAGGUUGCGGUUCACCGAAUGGCUGUUCCUAUACUAUCUGGCCAAAAACAUGGACGCCCAUCUGUUUCGCAAGGUGUUGCGUCAGAUAACGGAUGAGCUAAGACAACCGGCCGAGGACGAACUGGACGAUCAGGGCAUCGAUAUGGUCGAUGGUGGACAUGACGAUAGUGAUAUAGCGAUGGUUAAACUGCGAUACGAAGAUGACCACAAGAAGGCUUAA